AUGGCCAAUGAGAACUAUUCCAGGGUCACGGAGUUCGUUUUCACAGGUUUGAAUUACAACCCCCAAUUACAGGUCUUCCUUUUCCUGCUUUUUCUCAGUUUCUACAUCAUCAACCUAAUGGGAAACUUGGGUAUGAUUAUUCUGAUACGGAUCGAUUCCCACCUUCACACACCUAUGUACUUUUUCCUCAGCCACUUGUCCUUUGUGGACAUCAGCUUCUCCUCAGUGACGAGCCCCAAGAUGCUCACUGACUUCUUUGUGAAGAGGAAAACCAUCUCUUUCUUGGGCUGUGCUUUGCAGCAGUGGUUCUUUGGGUUCUUUGUGGCGGCAGAGUGUUUUCUCUUGGUGUCCAUGGCCUAUGACCGCUAUGUAGCCAUUUGUAACCCGUUAUUGUAUUCAGUUGCCAUGUCCCAGAGACUCUGUACCCAGCUGGUGGUCGGUCCCUAUGUCAUCGGGUUCAUGAACACCAUGACUCAUACAACCAAUACAUUUCGUCUCCCUUUUUGUGGCCCCAAUGUCAUCAAUCAUUUUUUCUGUGACAUAUUCCCCCUGCUUUCCCUUAUAUGUGCUGGCACCGGGCUCAAUAAGUUGGUAGUUUUCGUCGUGGCUGGAGCUGUAGGAGUUUUCAGUGGUCUGUCCAUCCUGGUCUCCUACAUUUACAUCCUUAUGGCCAUCCUGAGGAUCCGCUCAGCCGAUGGGAGGCGCAAAGCCUUCUUCACCUGCUCUUCUCACCUGACAACCGUCUCCAUCCUGUAUGGUACUCUUUUCUUUAUCUAUGUACGACCUAAUGCAAGUUUGUCCCCCGAUCUCAAUAAAGUAGUAUCCGUGUUUUACACAGCAGUGAUCCCUAUGUUGAACCCACUUAUCUACAGCUUGAGGAACAAGGAGGUCAAAGAUGCCAUCCACAGAGCGGUUGCUAAGAGAAAGUUCUGUGGGGCCUAA